CACAGAAUGAGAGAGAGUAAGAUAGAGAGAGAGAGAGAGAGAGCGAGAGAGAGAGAGAGAGAGGAGGCGGAAACCUCCAUCUGCCCUGCUCGGUGACCGACCCGUCAUCCUCGGGCUCGGGAAAGAAAGGGAUCAUCUCCCCGGCGUUUGGUCCUCCUCACCGUGAAUGAAGAAACCGGAGGAGAAACCGGUGGAGGUGUCAAAAGAAGGGGGAAAAGGGAGGAAAUUUAUCAUGGAGGAGAUCUAUAGUCUAUAUAUAGGCUAUGCCCCGGACUGCACCACCACCACCUCCGCCACCGCCGCCGCCACCUGCCCUCCUGGUACCGGUCAAUGAGAGGCAGCAACAGCUCGGUCCAAACACAAAAUCCUCCCUCUCCAGUUUCUCCUUCACCUCGAUCGCUCCUUUUCUCUCCCUACCAUGUUCUCCUCACUUCCAUAUGUUAACAAACACACUCGUCUUAUUUUAGCAUCACUGCCUUCCUCCUCCUCCUCCUCCUUCUCUCUUGCCCUCCUCUCUUCUGAGUUUUGACUCCCUCUCUUUUCACACACACUCGCACACUCACAGAUAAACACGCACACACACACUCACUCACUCACUCACACACCGGAAAAUGAAGCGUGGGUCGAGUGUGUUGCAGCCUCCCUCCGAUGCAGCCAAACGACACACACACCCUGCAAACACACACUCUGGCGGUGUCGGCAACGCCGGCUCUAUGAGUGUACCCGACACACACGCUGCCGACACACAUGCUGAGCGCACAGCGGAAGCACACGCCACAGGUUCAAGUCCCUUCCCAUCAGCCACCACUCUCUUUAGCCCUGAUGUCAGCAGCAAGAUGGCGUCCGACCUCCUCAUCAGGCUGUCAGAGGCCACCCAGAAGGCCCAGUUACAUCCUGGUAGGCGGGCUGAAGUGGAGCCUCAGAGGCACGAGGCCCUGCCGGAGGUGCGUGGCGGCCAGCAGGACGAGCCGGGCCUCGCUCUCUCGCCUGACGGCCCUGGCGCGAGUCCUGAACCGCCGUCGCUCUCGCACACGCCCGACGGCAACGCCACCACUGACACAAUGGCGUCAGAUAUGCUGAGGAAGCUGGCAGAGCGACAGGAAGUGAACGUCCAUGCAGUGAGGAUUAAAGAAGAAGAAGAGCCAAUGGAAGUCGACACAUUGGUCAUCCGUGAUCGACCAAUCACAAAAGAGAGGACCUCACUUUCCCCGAUGGUGAGCCACCGCCACUACAGCAUCAAAACAGAGGACCAGCGUCUCAGUUGCGACAACAUUGAAGAGCAGAUGCACCCAGGAGCCAAAAUGGCCGACCAGUGUCUUCAUGGCCUUAAAGCAGAGGACAGCUUUUACACUGGCUCUAAAACCACAGACAGCCUCGUCGCCGGGGACAACAAGUUUCAGUUCAGAGUGAAACUGGAGGAUCGUGGCGUCUCUGGAGCCAAAAUGGAGGACCAGCUUCUCUCCGGUGCCAAGAUGGAGGAGCGGCUCCUCCUCAAAGCAAAAAUUGCAGAGAAGCCUCCGUCCGCGGCUAAGAUGAGCAACGCGUUUUUCUCCGGAGCCAAGAUGGAGGACCAGUUUCCUUCAGGAGCCAAGAUGGAGAACCAGCUUCUCGUCGGAACCAAAAUAGAGACCCGGCUUGUUCCCGCGGCCGAGAUGGCGGACCUCGUUUUCUCAGGAGUAAAGACGGAGGAGCAGCUCUUCUUUGGAGUCAAGUCGGAGGACCAGUUCAACUCCGGAGCCGCCAAGAUGGCCGACCACUGCCUCCGAGCCGUGCUGUGGCAGGACAUGUCGGUGAACCUGGCGUCCACACUGCUACACCAACUCUCAGAGAGGGUCAGUAAAUCCAACAGUCGGCUGGUGGAGAGGAUGACUCCGCCCCUCAGGAGCAGUCCUGUUUUAAAGGUGAAUGUGGAUCCCCUCCGCUCCUCCCCACUACCGAGCUCCCAGGAACCUCCACAUGAAACCAAAACCAGCCUCAGCAGAGAUCAAACCACAGGUUGCUCUUACUUCUUCAGGUGUCAUGUGUGCGGGUUCGAGACCAACAGGGGAGCCCUCUUCCAGGGUCACAUGACCGAACACCGCCAAUGGGAGCAGGGCUCCUUUUCGCUGCACUGCUGCAUGUGCGACCAUUCGACCAAUCAGGAGGCGGAGAUGAGGGCGCACGCCAACACGCACAUACACGGGAACGCCGGCAGAGAGAUGAGAUGCCCCGUCACACCUUCCGCCGCCGCCACCCCCGGCAUCCCUCCAUCAGUUUCCAAGGCAACGCAGCCGGAGAAUAGCACUUCGGAGCAUCGCUGCCGCAUCUGCCAGAGGUCGUUUCCAGGGCAACAGGAGCUCCUGGUCCACUUCCAGGGUCAUCGCCAAGGCAACCAGUACCGGUGCGACCGGUGCGGCCACCUGACGCGGACAGCCAACAAGCUGGUGGAGCACGUGCGCGUGCACACGGGCGAGCGGCCGUUCACCUGCGAGCUCUGUCCCUACAGCGCCAAGCGACGGGACAGUCUGCGGCUGCACUGCAAGGUCAAACACCCCGCAGACGUGCACACACACCGCUCCUACGUGCACGGAGACAAUCAGCGAGCGCACAAACACCUGCAGCGACUGCACACGCCGCCGCACACACACGCUGCUGCUGCUCCCUCCUCCUCCUCCUCCUCCUCCUCCUCCUCCUCCUCCUCCUCCGCUCUUCCUACUCUUCAUCCCUCGCUCUAUGACCGCGCAGGGUGGAGGGAUCUGUCUCCUCUCCUCCCCAUCACCACGCUCAUUACUCUGAAACCACGCUCUCCGUCAUCCUCCUCCCCCCCCUCCCCCUCCCUCUCCUCGCCCUCCUCCUCCUCCUCGUCUUCCUCCUCCAAACACUCCUUCCUCGGUUACCUUGGUCUGACGACUUCUUUGUAAAUGCUUUUUUUUUUUUCUUUUGUCCUUUCCUCUUCAUGUUUCCUCUGCUGUCUCCUUUCUUCUCUUUUUAACCCUCUUGUCUCCUCGUCCUUUCAACCUCUCCUCGAUCUCUUUUGUCCGUCCUCUAUGUCUCCUUUCUUCCUCUUUUUCUCCUCUCCCCUCCUUUCUUUAUUUCCC